AUGGCCGAACUGGACGAUGAGGAGGUCGCCGUCCCAGAGGCCGAGCCCGAGGAGGAGGUGACCGACCUCAUGGGGGCCGUGCGCGGCGUACUCAAGAAGUCACUGAUGGUGGAUGGCGCCAUUCGCGGACUGCAUGAGGUGGCCAAGCACAUUGAGGCAUGCAAGGCGCAGGUCGUGUUCCUGUCCGAGUCCUGCAACGAGGCGACGUACAAGAAGCUCAUCCAGGGGCUCUGCGUGGAGAAGAAUGUGCCGGUCAUCGACGUCCCGGACAACAAAAGCCUCGGCGAAUGGGCGGGCCUUUGUAAGAUCGACAAGGACGGCAUGCCCCGCAAGGUCGUCGGUGCAAGCUGCGUGGCCAUCGUGGACUUCGGUGAGGAGGGUGAGGCAUACAACUUCAUGAUGAAGCAUCUCGGCAAGUGA